GUUUAGAUUCUGAUAAAGUAAAUAAUGCUAGUGGUUCUGUGAAAUUAGGACAUCCAAUUGGUUCUUCAGAUUCUAGGAUAGUUGUUACUUUGACUCACUUAUUAAAGUCUGGUCAAAUUGGUGCUGCAUCUAUUUGUAAUGGUGGUGGUGGUACUAGUUCUAUCAUUAUUGAAAAACUUUAA